GGGCGAAGUCCGCGGGAGAGGCGGUCCGCAGGGCCCGGGGCCGACAGGGGGCGCGCGCGGGGCGGGGCGGGGCCGCACCUGUGCUGCGGGGCUCGGGGGGAGGAUGGCGGGGGGGACCGGGGCCCCGGAGCAGCUGCGCGCCCCGCCCCGCGGGCUCCUCCCCGCCGCCGCGGCCCCCCGGCUGCUGCCCCAAUGCGCUGCGCCGGGAGCCUGGGCCGAGUCGCCGCCGCAGCUGCAGGGGCGCCCGGGCCGGGUGACGCCGCCGCCGCCCGCGCCCCUCCCAGACCCCGCCGGCCGCAUGGAGCCCCCGGAGGGCGCCAGCCCGGGAGAAAUAGUUAAGGAGGUUGAGGUGCCACAGGCUGCCCUGGGCACCCCGGCCCACGGACCAGGGGACAGCGGGCACUCGCCUGUGGCCGAGGAGGAGGUGGGCAUCCCAAUACCGGCACCAGGGCUCCUGCAGGUCACAGAGAGGAGGCAGCCCCUGAGCAGCGUCUCCUCUCUGGAGGUGCACUUUGACCUCCUGGACCUCACCGAGCUGACUGACAUGUCCGACCAGGAGCUCGCCGAGGUCUUCGCUGACUCGGACGACGAGAACCUGACCAGCGAGUCACCGGCAGGCCUGCACCCGCUGCCCCGGGCCGGCUGUCUGCGCUCCCCCUCCUGGACGCGCACCAGGGCCGAGCAGAACCGCGAGAAGCAGCCCGUCAGUGACGCCGAGCGGCAGCCGGGAAUUGUGGACACGUUUCUCACCGUGGAGAGGCCCAAGGAGGACUAGGGGGCUGGCCCCAGGGCCGCGUGGGAAGACCUGGACAGUCGUGGCCCCAUGGACACUCUGCCCGCCCCACGUGGCUCCGGGCCGGGGUCUCGGGGCACCCCAGCACAAGCACAGUCCAGUGGCCUUACGUCCAGCUCCUUCCUGGUCCCUGGAUCAGGGACCACAACAGCCGGGGAUGAGAUGGGAGUGGCCUGGGCCUUCUGGAAACUUCUUUCUGCAGGACUGGUGCUCUCGUCUGUCACAAGAUUCCUGAGUGGGUUCUGGGUGUGGGGGGACCUGAGCCAGCAAGAGCUGCUCUGCAAAGCCCCUGGGGGUUUUGGGGUUCUAGUCUGUGAAUGGCCACACCGAGCUCCAGCCCAUGGGAUGCUCUGCUGUCCAGCCAAGUAUGUGGGUGGGCGGGUCCUUAAAAUUGCCACCUUGAUUUCAAUCAUGUCCCCUUCCUGCAGCCCAGGGAGCAAUGUCAGCACCAGGGUCCCCUCCCCAGGCCCUAAAACCCUGCCUCUCCUGGUCUCUGCGACAGCAGGGCCCACUCCCCUAGCUCAGAACACCAAAUAUGGCACCACUGCCUCCGACUGCUGGGCAGGGGUUCACCUUAGCCUGUGACAUCCCCACAGUCCAGCACGCACCCCCGUGGGUCUGAGUCCCCAGCCAGCCUCCUGGCCUGGGGUGGAGCAGCCUGAGGUGGGCGGGGAUGUGAGGGGACCUGUGCACAGCCCCCGGCCCCCAAUUCAGGGGCACCAGGCUCGGCUAUUCCCAAUGCUGCUGCCUACGUGCUAAGGGAUAGAAUAGGCUUCUGGUCUGCCAGCGAGUCCAAGAAUGGUUUUAAAAUACACGUGUAAGCUUGCUCUCUGUCCCCACGCCAACCUGCCCUGACCCAUCCCCCACUGGAACGUUUCUGGGGAAGGAAGCCGGGCUCUUCUGUGGAUGCGCUGGGCAUGUGCUGGACCCACUGCGUGCAGCUACAGGCAAGUCCCUGCCAGGAAAAUGGGCCUCAGAAACGCAGGAGUUUGCCUUCCGCGCGGGGCCUGGGGGACACCGCCCACGCCCUCCACGCACGAUGAGCAGCACCAUGCAGAUGCAGACCAGACGCGACCGAGAAUUCCUCUUAAAACCGAUCCCACCCCACCAACCGGGUCUUCCUGCCCAAUUUCCAUCCUUCUUGCUGCAGCUUCCGCAGAGCUCGUUGACAAAAAGUGGGAUUAAAACAUCACCCACCCCAAGGCCUCACCAGGUCUCUUCCUUUCAGCUGACCCCAGCGCUCAGGGGCGCAUGCUGGGGGCGGGGCUGACGCUCGAGGAGCAACGCUCAUGCUCCAGGUCUUUCUCCAGCUGCAGCCACUAGGGGCUCAGCCUUGCUGCCUCCGGGCUGCUUAUCUGGGUCACACUUCAGGGACAAGUGCCCUGGUCGUCUGGUCAUUAGGUGAAGAUCCUGCCCCCACACAAGCCCAAGCUGGAAGCGGAACAAGGUUCCCUGGUGAGUCUCCCAGCGAGGACAACAGGCUUCUCACAGGGAGGCAGCCAGCAAGCAGGGCCCCUCUGCGAGCAGAAGGCCAAGGCCAAGGCCCAACCCCAACCAUUUUAACCACCUGUGAGACGGGCCCAGAGAACAGACACUGGGCACCAUGCAGGUGGGUCCCCAGCCUCCCUGACAGAAGAUUCUCAGCCAGGUCUCCUCCAUCCGUGGGCCCAGGAACCGACCUGAAGCUGGGGAAUGGGUGCCCAGGUGGCUCUGGAUGCCACAGCGCCUCCCUAGGAUUGAGGGGAGCACCCAGACAGGACCCUGGCAGGACCCCCAAACCACUCAGCUAACGGAGGCUGAAUCUGGUGGAAGCUGCAUUACACAGUGAGCCCUGAAUUUGUUUGUUUGUUUUGGUGAGGAAGAUUAGC